AUGGCCGACGCCGCCGCCCUCCUCAAGCUCGCGGAGACCGACGUCUCGCAGGAGCUCACGAAGGAGCAGUACAUACCGGUUAUCACCCGCGCGCCCUUCGUAUUUAUCGACGGCGCCUUCAACACACGGGACGUAGGACUGGUUCCGGGGAGCCCCGUGCGGUCCAACUUCUUCUUCCGGUCCGGCGCGCUCGCCCGGGUGACCGACAACGGGAAAGCCGUGCUGGGGGGCAAGCUGGGCGUCAAGCGCAUCUUCGACCUAAGGUCCCCCGAAGAGCGCGCCGGCGCCCCCGACCCGGGCUUCGACGGCGUCGAGAACACCUGGAUCGAGAGCACGCGGCCCGACACGACGCCUGCACCGGAGCGCUUCGUCGCCGGCGGGGGCGAGGAGGGGUACCGCGAGAUGUACCUCGAGGUUAUAGACGUCUACCAGGAGAGCUGGAAGGCGAUUUUGGAGCAUAUUAGGGAUCGGCCGAACGAUCCGUUCCUGGUCCAUUGCACAGCCGGACGCGACCGAACAGGCGUACUCUCUGGGCUUUUGCUAGCCCUUGCCGGCGCAUCGCAGGACACCAUAAUUUUAGACUACAUGUUAUCGCGCAUAGGGACCGAGCCAGUGCGGUCGAUGCUUCUGGAGUUUGCGGUAGCAGGCUCGCACGCGGAAAGCAGGGAACAGCCGGGUUUCCACAACCUGGUAAAUCUGCGGGCUUCGAGCUGGAAUGCGUUCGUCGACGGCGUGCAGGAAGAGUACGGUGGUUUCGAGAAAUUCGUUACGGACAAGCUCGGGUUUUCCAACGACGACUUAGCUAAGAUUAAGGCGAAUCUAACGAGCUCUUGA